UUAUGUCAUAGGACCGGAAGAACGAAACUGGAUUUGGAAAUUGGGAAUUCAGAAGCUAUCGUUUGCGAAUAUAUAUAUAGCUAGAUUUUCAGCGUUUUUAUAAUCAUGACAUCCACCCUUGAUGACAGCGAAAAAGAAAAGGCUCGCUCUGUGUCUGUGGACCUGAAUAACGACGCCUCUCUUCUCAUUGACAUCCCUGACGCUCUCUGUGAACGAGACAAGGUCAAGUUCACAGUUCACACCAAGACCACCCUGAGUUGCUUCCAGAAGCUAGACUUCUCUGUUCCUAGGCAACACGAGGAUUUUAUCUGGCUCCAUGACACGCUGGUUGAGACUGAGGACUAUGCUGGACUCAUCAUCCCUCCAGCCCCCCCGAAGCCUGACUUUGAGAGCCCCAGGGAGAAGAUGCAUAAACUGGGAGAGGGGGAAGCUACUAUGACCAAGGAGGAGUACAGCAAGAUGAAGCAGGAGUUGGAGGCUGAGUAUCUGGCUGUAUUUAAGAAGACCGUACAAGUCCACGAGGUGUUUCUGCAGCGACUCUCCUCUCACCCGAUCCUGAGCAAGGACCGGAACUUCCAGAUAUUCCUCGAGUAUGACCAGGAUCUGAGUGUGCGGAGGAAGAACGCCAAGGAGACGUUUGGAAGUUUCUUCAAGAACAUGGUGAAGAGUGCUGACGAGGUCAUCAUCUCGGGGAUAAAGGAAGUGGAUGACUUCUUUGAGCAGGAGAAGACGUUUCUCCUUGAUUACUCUUCAAAGAUCAAAGACUCUACAGCCAAAGCAGAGAAAAUGACGCGCUCUCAUAAAAAUGUGGCCGAUGAUUACAUCCACAUCUCUGCCACUCUGAGCAGUCUCUCUGUCGAUGACAACACGGCACUUAAAAAGCACCUUGAGAAGUUUGCAGACCUGUUUGAGAAACUGCGGAAAGUGGAAGGUCGAGUGGCGUCGGACGAGGAGCUGAAACUCACAGAGCUGUUGAGGUACUACAUGAGGGACAUCCAGGCUGCUAAGGACCUGUUAUACCGGCGCGCCAGGGCUCUGGCGGACUACGAGAACUCCAACAAGGCCCUGGACAAGGCCCGCCUGAAGAGCAAAGACAUGGCUCAGGCCGAGGAGCACCAACAACAGUGCCUGCAGAAGUUUGACAAGCUGUCAGAGUCGGGAAAAAGAGAGUUGACCAGCUUUAAGGGCAGAAGAGUGGUUGCAUUCCGUAAGAACCUCAUAGAGAUGGCAGAGUUGGAGAUCAAGCACGCGAAGAACAACAUGGCACUGCUGCAGGGCUGCAUUGAGCUUCUGAAGAGCAACUGACCCGCCUGUUUCCUGCCUGCCUCUUGGACCACUCACUGACCAGCAGCCUUUAACGAGAGGAACCCCAAUACCUGGGGUUGUGUGUCUCUACCCCUGGGAGGACCUCAGGGCACAUUGUCUCACAGCGAAAAGGAGCGUCAGCCCCCGAUCUGGAGCAUUUCCUCGCCUUUUGAAGUUGAUCCUGAGUACCCCUGCCCUUCACCCCAAGAAAGAGUCCGCUCCCAUGUCAGAAAAGACCCCGCCCCUUUCCUGUCUGCGGUUUCUUUCUGUUUGUCAGUGUACAGAAGCCCCGCCCCUCUCCUCUCUGCCCCGCCCUUAUCCAGGUCUCAUGGGACGCUCAGCUUUUCUGUAGCUCGGUUCCGCUUCCAGUCUCCCUGUAACCUCUGUGUUUUUUGAUGUUUUUUAUGAUGCUGAUGUCAGAAUUCUAGCCUGUUUGUGGCAAUGUUUUGCUUGCUGUUCAUGUCUCAUCUACUAGCUUCCUUACGCCCUGCCCCUGAAAACAUUAACACAUCGCCGCAGGUUCUGUCAUCAAGACGUUGUCAGGAAUUCAUUUCAAAUUGGCCUGUACUGAACCCAUCCCAUGGGAGAGUUCCACCUGAAAAGCUGCAGUUCUGUAAUACCCUACUUGUAUGAUCUGGUUGCAGAUUACAUCUGUUUCCCAAUUGCAACGCCACUUUAAUCCGCUAAUGGCCAUCAGUACCUGAUGAUUGACACCGUGAAUAAUGCUGACCGCUAUCAGCUGGUGCUUCUUUGGUACUGAACACUUGACCACGUCAAUCCUUAAGCCACACUGUAGUGAAACCCUAUAGUUAUUUGAUAAAAGUUGUCAUUGUAUACAUGGGUAUCCCAGCCAUUAGUUUCCACUAACGCCAAAUUUUGUUUUAAGAAUUACAUUUCCAAUUUGCUUUUUGUUACUGAUGAUACCUUUCAUAAUUGCCAGGCUAGCCUGGGUGCCACUCUGUCAGCUCUCUUACCUGCUCCAUUUGUAAUGCCAUGUUUUGGCUUGACAAUGACACAAAGGAGGUUGGCAAGAGCUGAAUGCUGUUCUGGAACCAGGCUAUGCGUAAACAUAUUAACCUGUGAAAGAAUAGUCUACAGCGGACCAAAAUGGUUCGUUCUGAAAUAAAAGCAAUUCAGUUAUUUGAAUUGCUAUGGAAAAGAAUGAGGUAAAAUGUAAAAAUAACCUAGCAAUCAUUUCCAAGCCCAGAGAGCUGUUGUAAAGAGAGGUGUGGUGGUGUUUUUUGAUAUUUGAAUGUAUUUCUAAUGGAUUCCAGGUGUGUGAAUUACUUGUUUGCAUUGUUUUCUUUUCUUACAGAACAUCUACAUUUUUUAAAAUUUGCAAUAAUGACAUUAAAUAAGUCCUACUUUCCCAGAA